CCGUCCGUCAACGAAAGAGUCCGAGCCGGAGCGAGGCUGUCCGGAACAUCCGGCUGUACCUUCUCAACAUAAACAGCAAUGGCGGAGGCAGCGGCAGCGUCUACGGCGGCUUCACCAGUAACAGGAGGUUGGACUAAACACGUAACCUGCAGGUAUUUCAUGCAUGGUCUUUGCAAAGAAGGAGACAACUGUCGAUAUUCUCACGAUCUGACCAGCAGCAAACCAGCAGCCAUGAUCUGCAAGUUCUUUCAGAACGGAAACUGUGUGUUUGGAGACCAUUGCAGGUUUGAACACUGUAAAUCAACAAAGAACGAGGAACUGCCAACCUCCCAGAUGCUGCCUCUGCCCUCCGCCUCGCUGGCUGGCCCCUCAGACCCUGAACCCAGUGGACCAACACCUGGGUCAGGCGUACAAGACUGGGUCAAUGCUGCUGAGUUUGUUCCCGGACAGCCGUACUGUGGACGGGCUGAGCCAGUGAAGGAGAACUCCCUCCCACUCAUUGAAGAGUUUGACAGUGAUGCAGUGCUGGACAACAAAGAGUUGAGGAAGCAGCUCUGUCCAUAUGCUGCAGUUGGAGAGUGUCGCUACGGAAUCAACUGUGCCUAUCUCCACGGUGAUGUGUGCGACAUGUGUGGCCUCCAGGUGCUCCACCCCACCGACAACACCCAGCGCUCAGACCACACUAAGGCAUGCAUUGAAGCCCAUGAGAAAGACAUGGAGAUUUCAUUUGCCAUCCAACGCAGCAAGGAUAUGAUGUGUGGUGUGUGUAUGGAGGUGGUAUUUGAGAAGGCCAACCCAAGUGAGCGCCGUUUUGGCAUCCUCUCCAACUGCAAUCAUUGCUACUGUCUAAAGUGCAUUCGCAAGUGGAGGAGUGCCAAGCAGUUUGAGAGCAAAAUCAUCAAGUCCUGUCCAGAGUGCCGAAUCACAUCCAACUUUGUCAUCCCAAGCGAGUACUGGGUGGAAGAUAAGGAUGACAAACAGAAACUCAUCCAGAAAUACAAGGAUGGCAUGGGGAGUAAAGCAUGUCGAUACUUUGAUGAGGGUCGUGGAACCUGCCCUUUCGGCUCAAACUGCUUUUACAAGCACGCCUUUCCUGAUGGACGACUGGAAGAAGCUCAACCUCAGCGAAGGCAAAAUGGAUCCAACAGCAGGAACCGGAACUCGAGGCGAACACCACUGUGGGACAUCUUUGACGAGCAGGAAAGCACCGACUCCUUUGACAACGAGGAUGAGGAGAUGGUGACGUUUGAGCUGAGCGAGAUGCUUCUCAUGCUGCUCGCCGCAGGAACCGAUGAUGAGGUAACAGAUUCUGAGGAUGAAUGGGACUUGUUUCAUGAGGAGCUGGACGAUUUCUACGAGAUUUACCUAUAGCAGCCCCCCAUCCCUACCCCCACCCUAAUUCAUGUAUACUAGACACUAGAAUGGACUGUCUUGUGCGAGUGAUGGACAGUAGCUUUUCCCCUCACCCUAUGUAUUGUGGCAGUGCCUUUAAGCAGGCCAUUAAUAAAUGAACUUACAAAAGAUUUAAAAAAAGACAAAAAAAUCCAACAAGUCAGUGCACUCGUGCUAAACAUUUUCUAGGCAUCUAUCCUCGUGAGUCUUUCUUGUGCGGUUCGUGUUAAAAGGAAAAAUGAUAAGAAGAACUCAGUAUAAGAUUUAACAAGAAUUAUAACUUUCUUCAAAGAAUAAACAUUGUCAAGUUUAUUUGUGGGUGUGAGUUUGACUUGUUUAUCAUCUACCCAGGUGUUGUACAUACUUCUGAGACUCUGAGGAUGCACUCAAACUUACUCAGCACCAUUUACUGUAAUCCUGAUGGGCAUGUUGUAAGAUUUUGAAAUUUUUGAAGGCCGGUACUUCUUUUUUUUUCUUUAUCAAAGCUGCUGAUAGCAAGUUUAUUGUGCUGAUGUUUAAUAAAUUUACCAUCUCCAUUUUCAUGUUGUACUGAAAAGUAUUUCUCUGCUUUCAAUAAUUUUAUACUUACAUUUUUCAUUAAAAGACCUUUUAUGGGUCAUUUAGAUCACAAUGGAAGAUAAACUGUCUUUUAAAGCCCCAACAAGGACAGCUGCCUUUGUAACCCUGAAACAUCACCCACUGAGCAGCUCAUGCAGUUCUUUCCAGAAAGAAUGUUAAACAUGUAAAUGAAACUUGAUACAGGCAGUCAUCUUUGGAAAUUGAAAGAUGGGGGGAAAAGGCAGAAUUUCUUUUACACUCAGCUGAUGGGCCCACAUAAGGCUCAGUGUGAUUAUGAUCUUGUAUAAUGAUGUUGACUAACGUAAGUCCACAGAGGACUGCUCACAAACUGUGUGCUUAGUGCUUUCAAAGGUGGCUAGAAACCAAUACUACUGAAAAGAUAAUCUGCCUUUUUCUGUACACUGAUCAGUUCCAACAUUAAACCACCUGCCUUACAUUGUGUAGUCCCCCCCUCCUGUCUGACCAAUCAGGGCAUGGACAGAGAACCCCUGAUGUUCUCCUGCUGUGUCUCGCUCUUUGGAUCCUUUGGGUCGAUUGGUCUUAUUUCAGCACAUCCUGCUGAUACUCUUUCAAACUGAGAUCUAGGGAGUUAGGAGGUCAGGCCAACACCUAUGAUUUUAUUUUUUUGGUUCCUUGAGCCAUUUUUACGGUGUGGCAGGGUGCAUUGUCCUGCUGGGGAGGAGUUGGCAUCGGAGGAGUGGGGACUGCUCAGUUUUUAGGAGGGCAGGUCAUAUUAAUUCACAUCCACAUGAAAGCCAUGACCCAAGGUCUCCCAGCAGAACUCUGUUGCAACAAGUAGAUAAUUGUCAGUCACUUACCUGUCAGUUGUUGUAAUGUGGUGGCUGAUCGAUAGAUGUUUUUUAGUGGACAAAUGAUGUUAUGAGCUGCUCAGUAACUGAAGUGUCUGGGUUACAGAGAUGGUGAUCUGAUCCAAAAAUUCACCUACUGAAGUAGUCUUGGAAACAAAACGCCUCUCAAAGAAGGAUGAAUUCAAUGUACAGUUAUCCUGCAAAGUGGUUUCCCAAUGCUUCUGUCUGACUUUGAUCAGAGUUCUCAUGUAGUUCGGCAUAAAAAUCCAACUGGCUGCAUACAUCAGCAAACUGCUUCAUCAAUCAAAUAAAGAAAAAAAGAUUGACCUUUUCAUUUGACAUCCGUCCGUGGAUGCCUUUGGCACCAAAAGACAAGUCCUCCUCUACACCAAGCUAGAGUCGCCAGUUCAGAUUAAAAAAUCUUCAGCAGGCUUAAAGUGCAGAGGAUGUUGGAGUCGGGAGACAUUUCAUUUCCAUUCACUGUUCUCUCUUGGCUUCACUGAAUAUAGCAUAUUAAGCUUUGCUGCUGAGAUGCUGACCCACAGACUCCUGACAGCUGGUGCCAACCUGUUGAACUCCUUUGGAAUGCAUAUGUUUAUACUGAAAUGUGUGUUUUCUAUGUUCCACAGCUAUCCAUCUUAACUUGAAAUUAAAGUUUAUUAUCAAUCUCU